UCUUUUUGAUUAAUUUCCGAUUUUUAAUACGCGAUUUUGUUCCCUGCAAGAUAUAGUGCAAUAAACUUUACUGUGAUAAACCGACGAAUCAUAAUCAAAGUCUAAUAACCGCGAUGGUCAGUCAGGUGGUCAUUUUAGGCAGUGUUCGCGUUCCAGUAGUAUUCGUCCAGUAUUAGAUCAUCAUCUGCAUCUCCAACGGGGCUUAUUUUUGCUGGAUCGUUUGAGAAUAUGUUCAACCAUCAAGUGGUGCGGAAACAACCUCAGUCGUAUUCAUUCUCCACCUGUAGACUGGGCUGCUAAUCAGCGUUGCGCGUUUCAUCAUUUGCACGGCAAUCAACAGCAGUUGCUGGUCGUAGACGAAUCUCGAGAACGCCGACGAUCAAAAUCAGCGAUAAAAAUGACGAACCCUCGGAUAAACUGGGGCGAGCUGUUCCCCAGCAAGAAGAGUGUGCUCAUUUUUAUCACAUAUAUGUCGCUGUUCGUCGGUCAGGGAAUUCUGGUGACGGCCUCGCAGCGUGCUGAUAACAGCUAUAGCUACAAUACGGUGCUUGUGGUUCUGAUGACUGAAGUGCUGAAACUAGUAAUCUCUACUGGGCUCUAUUGCAGAGAGCAUACUUUCAAAUCUCUGGUGGCGAGAGUGGUUGAAGGAAGGGAUGUUCUGCUACUGUAUUUUGUUCCCGCAUUCUUGUACUGUCUGUACAACAAUCUUGCCUUCGUUAAUCUAUCGACAUUCGAUCCGACGACAUAUUAUCUACUACUGCAGCUUCGGGUCGUGAUUACUGGAGUUCUAUUCCAGGUAAUUUUUAAGAAAUCUUUAAGUCGGAAGCAGUGGUUCUCGCUGUGCUUGCUAACGGUCGGAUGUAUGUUGAAACAAUGGAACUUUUCAUUGCCACUAACGGGCGAGACGCCUUCGGACGACAAAUCGCUUGCAGAUGCAGCUAAACAAUCGGCAGACGUGGCUGCUGGAAACACUUUCCGAGGGAAAAACAUCUCCGGUUUUGAUCUCAGUUUCAGCGCCGUAUUGAUCCUGGUACAGACGGUUUGUUCCUGCCUGGCUGGCGUUUACAACGAGUACCUACUGAAACACAAAGGAUCCGAUAUUAACAUCUACGUUCAGAAUGUCUUCAUGUAUCUGGAUUCAAUCGUAUGCAAUCUGCUGAUACUGAUGUUCCGUGGUGAGUUGUCUGCAGUCGUCACCAAAGACCAUCUGGUUGAAGUAUUCCGCUUCGAGGUGCUUGUGAUUAUGAUCAACAAUGCAGCGAUCGGCAUCAUCACCAGUUUCUUCCUCAAGUACAUGAAUUCGAUUCUGAAAACAUUCGCUAGUGCGCUGGAGCUCAUGUUCACCGCAUUGUUAAGUUAUUUGCUGUUCUCGAUCCCGAUCUACAUCAACACCGCACUGGCAAUAUUCGUCGUGUCCUAUGCGAUUUAUCUGUACUCACUAAAUCCCGUGGUAAACUUGGCAGGUAAGCCAGGAUCGAGCAGUGCUCGAGAAAAGGACGAAAGCCGAAAAGCUUUGAUGGGCAAAAGUGAGGACGACGACAUCGAGCUUCAGAUGGAGGAAGUUUAAUGAUCCGCUUUCUUUGUGUAUGUGUUGUUGUUUUUUCACCAAAAAUAUCCACUUUUACGACCACUGCAUCAUCUUCGUCACACUCACCGCGAGUGUGACUCUGGACCAUUUCAGUUCAUUGUUCUUACUUAGGUUUAAGCAACAAACCGCGCAUAUCUCGACGGUGCCGGUUUCGUCGAGUUUAAAAAGAAACCCCUUUUAGGACACUUAUAAAUCUUUGUAUAGAUGGAAACUAUUUAUAUGUUGUACUUCUUAACACAAUUACACGAUGGAACUUUAUUAUGUUUUCAAAAAGCGUAGUGAAAAUUCCAAGUCUGACAGUGAUCCUUUUGUGUUGCAUAUUUUUUCCUACAGUGGAUUAUCACUUUUCGUUUCUAUAAGCACCCUCCUAAUCGCCCAUUUCGGGUCUAUCGA